AUGUCCACCGAAACCAAUGUACGGGAAGUACGCGAGGUACUCCAGAGCGUCGAGCCUCCCCAGGUGCCCUCCAGUCGCUCCCACGAUCCCAGCAACAACAUGAAGCGAAGCGACCCGUUCCAAUUCGGAUCGCGAUUCCUCGAAAAGGGCGACGACGUCUUCGAGUUCAAUGCCUGGGACCACGUCGAACCAGAUGACGAAUUCAAGGCCUUUGCCCAAACACAAUAUGCGAAACAGCGCGAAACACGAGUAUCGGACUUUGAUCGCAACCGAUUCAACAAUGAUCCAGCUAAGUGGUGGAACCUUUUCUAUAAGAACAACACAGACAACUUCUUCAAGGACCGCAAAUGGUUGCGUCAGGAGUUCCCUGUUCUCGCGGAAGUCACACAGAAGGAGGCUGGUCCCCAGGUCGUUCUGGAGGUUGGCGCGGGUGCUGGAAACACCGCGUUCCCUCUGAUCGCCAACAAUGAGAAUGAGCAUCUCAAGGUUCAUGCUUGCGAUUUCUCAAAAUAUGCCGUGAAGGUCAUGCGCGAGAGCGAGCACUACAAUGAGAAAUAUAUGGCGGCCGAUGUUUGGGAUGUGGCUUCUAUGCCCACUGAAGAGGACAACGGUCUCCCGCCUGGUUUGACCGAAGGUUCGGUUGACGUUGUCAUUCUCAUUUUCAUCUUCUCUGCUCUGGCUCCUACCCAAUGGGACCAGGCUAUCCGCAACAUCUACCGUGUUCUGAAGCCCGGUGGCCGCGUGCUGUUCCGCGACUACGGCCGCGGUGACCUCGCCCAAGUGCGCUUCAAAAAGGGCCGUUAUAUGGAAGAGAACUUCUAUGUUCGUGGCGACGGUACCCGCGUCUACUUCUUCGAUGAGGACCAGCUCGUUGAUAUGUGGGGUACCUGGUCUGCAGAGAGGGGCUUGCAGAUUCCCAUCUCUGCAGAGGCUCCCGCAGACGGUGCUGAGGGUGAGACGCCAGAGCCUGUUGAGGAGAAAUCUGCAGAGGCUAAGGAGGCUGCCAAGAAGGAAGGGGCUUUCGAGGUUAAGCUUAUGGGAGCUGAUCGGCGAUUGAUUGUCAACCGUCAAAGCAAAUUGAAGAUGUACCGCUGCUGGAUGCAGGGUCACUUCGUCAAGCGCGAUGGGUCUGCGGUUGAGGCUACUGAGGUUGCGCCAUAA